AUGGCCUCCGAAAAGGAUAUCGAAACACCAUCAGGCGGGAUCCAGAGUUGCGACGAAUGCGACUCUACCCAUCUCGGCUCUCAGAAUGGUCCUUUGAACGCAGAAAAGUCAUCCAAAGAGGAUCAAGAAAUCAAAGAUGGCGGGUACGGCUGGGUGAUAGUAGCAUCGGUUUUCCUGAUACUUUUUCAUUCGUUUGGGAUCAAUUCCAUGUUUGGCGUUUUCUUGGCCUUUUACUUAAAAUCUAAUACUUACCCCGGAGCUACUCCCUUGCAGUUUGCCUUCAUCGGGGGUCUCUGCUUCUCAGUCGCCUUCAUUGUCCCGCCAUUCGCAGCCCUUCUAUCGCGCCGACUAGGCGUUCGGAUAACCGUCAUCAUCGGAGGCAUCUUCAUAUCAGGUGCCUACAUUGCGGCAUCCUUCUCCAAAACCAUCUGGCAACUCAUCCUCAGCCAAGGUGUCUGCUACGGCAUCGGCAUGGGCAUCUGUUUUAUUGGCACUGCUUCCAUUGUAACCCAGUAUUUCACAAAGAAACGAUCACUGGCCGUAGGCAUCGCCACCUCCGGGACAGGUUUUGGCGGCCUGACCUACUCCCUUGCAGCGAACAAUCUCAUUUACCGCGUGGGGAUCGAAUGGACAUUUAGAAUCAUGGCCAUCAUCUGCUUUGUCGUGAUAACGGCAAGCGCUUUGUUUCUGAAAGACCACAACAAGAAUGCAAAGGCUGCGGUUAAAGCGGUUGAGUGGAAGCUUUUCAAAAUGCUCGACUUUUGGCUGUUUCUCGGAUGGCUGUGGUUGUCUAGCCUAGGUUAUGUCGUCGUUGUCUUUUCUCUUUCUGCCUAUGCUCAAGGGGUUGGAUUCACGGCUCAGCAAGGUUCCCUGGUGUCUGCAAUGUUCAACCUUUCGACCGGUAUUGGCCGCCCAAUCAUCGGCCUCCUAUGCGACAGAUUUGGCACAAUCAGAAUCACCAUGCUUGGCACCUUUAUUUCAUCUUUGAUAACGUUCUUCAUCUGGAUAUUCGGCGGCAAGAGUUACGGUGGUUUGAUUGUGUACAGUUUACUGGGAUUUUUUCCGAGCCUCUUAUGGGCCACGUUUGUGGUCGUGGCCGCGAAAGUAUUUGGCUUGAAGAUGAUGCCCGCCGCUAUAUCGCUCUCCAUCUUGACGCUGGCGCUCCCCUAUACCUUUGCGGAGGCGAUUGGACUCAGCCUGCGAAAGUCUGGCGUGAAUGGCUUCCUGGAUGUGCAAAUUUUUGCAGGCGUCAUGUUUGCGGCCUCGACCGUUUGUUGUAAGUUUACGCAAAACUGCAAGCUCUACACCGGCUAA